AUGUUGUUAUUAAAAAGCAAUGAAAAAUUGUAUACAAACUCAUCUACUUUGCCAAUUCUCAUAGUUAAUCAUUGGUUAGUUUUUUGGUUCUUCUUGGUAUUUGACAUAUUUGGUGUUAUCUGUGGUAUAUUUGUCAUUUAUGAAUUAUUAAGAAAACGAGAUUUACGAGAAGCUCUUCAUAAUCAUGUAUUGAUUGUUCUACUUUUAAUUGUUAUCAUCUAUGACACGACCACUAUGCCAUUACAUUUGCGAUACCUUAGUACAGGUGUUCUAUAUCCAUCGUCACCUACACUCUGUCUAAUUUGGCAGUUUUUAGACUGGAGUCUUUUUUAUACCAUUACAAUGUUACUCCUCUUCGGAUCAAUUGAGCGUCAUCUUCUUGUUUUUCACCACCGAUUAUUCAACACAAUGAAAACCCGUGUUAUUUUACAUUAUUUACCAUUGACAAUGAUUCUAACAUGUAUGAUGACAUUCUAUAGUGUAGCUUUAUUUGCACCAAUUUGUGAAAGUACAUUUGAUUACACAUUAGAUUUAUGUGGUACAUUUCCGUGUUACUCAACAAUACCAUUUUUUCAAAUAUGCGAACAAAUUUGCUUUGGCCUCGUAGCACCUUUUUGCUUGGUCAGUUCUAAUUCUAUUCUUCUUUUUCGCGUUCUUUAUCAGAAAUAUCGAAUUCAUCGAUCUGUUGAAUGGAAAAAGCAACGCAAAAUAACCGUGCAGAUGAUAUUCACGUCAACAAUUUAUUUGAUUUUCACUUUACCAUCAGCAAUUCUUUAUAUUAUUCGUUCAUUUCAAUGUUAUGAUUGCGGUAAUGACAUCUUACUAUCAAUCUUUUAUUAUUCAUAUUGUCCGGUAUUUUUAAUUCCAUUUGCAUGUCUUACUGCAUUGCCUCAAUUUUGGCACAUCAUUGAAAGAAUAAAUUCAAGACAACAUAAAAUCGUACCACAAACAAUUCCUUUAUCAUAA